AUGGAGGUCGCCGACAUACAACAGCGUUCUCUGCAGACGGAAUCUUCGAACGCCAUGGAUGCUACUAUGGAUAUUGAUAUGGAUUUGGACCUUGGUCCAUUGCCUGAAGCUGAACCGAUUGAAAUAGAACCAGCGACUGCUCAAGAUGGCGCGGUGGACCACCUUACUGCAGAAGCACAAUACGAAAAGGUGCAUAUCAGAGGAGUCGACGAAUUGGCCACGGACGAUAUCAAACAAUUUGCGUCAAAUCACUUUACCAUCGAAGAACCUUCCCGCGUUGAGUGGAUUGAUGAUACGUCGGCGAAUAUCGUGUAUUCCUCAUCGGAAGUUGGUCUCCAGGCUUUGUCCGCCUUCACACAAGUCAGCGAAGAGGAGGAUGCGUCUGCGUUGCCAGCCCUACGUUUACGCUCCGCUAAGGUCUUGUCCAGCCACCCAGACUCCGUGCUCCAGGUGAGAUCGGCGGUUAAGACCGAUCGUAAAAGGCCCCGCGCACACGAGGCCAGUCGAUUCUACCUGAUGCAUCCUGAGCAUGACCCUCGGGAACGACUAAGACGGGAACUUUCGGAGAGAAGACGCCAGGGAGGCGGGGAUACUAGCGACGGUGAUUACAGAAGGAGACGGUUCGAUGGACGCGAAUUGCGUCGACGGAGGGACCGUGAUGUGGAUGAAGGCAUCAGCGCCAACAUGUACGACGAUACCAGAGCCCCAAGCACAGAAUAUUCUGAUCCGGACCGAGGUCGCGAAGGGCGAGGACGGCGAGGGCAUCGGGACCUAUUUGAUGAGGAUGAAGGGCGAUCGUCCGGCCGUCUACGGAAUCGCAGUGCAUCUCCAGGUCGGGAUACCUUGAUGGAGAGCGGCUACCCAGAUUACAAGCGAUCUGACUCCCGCAAACGGUUCCGAGAGCGAUCCCCGCAAUCCAAGCGUCGCAAUGAGGGCAAAGAGCUCUUCCCAUCAGCCAGGUCUUCUGGUACCGCUGAGAGCGAUUCGAAUGCGCGAGAACUGUUCCCCAAUAAAUUGGCGACAAGUUAUCUCAAGAAGGAACUUUUCCCGAAUAAGGUCAGCAACCAUCGUCGGUCUGAUGCGAUCGAUGCCGCGGAUGAGACCGCAGAUCUCUUUUCAAGACGAAUUUCUAUACCCUUAGUGGACGAGUCCUAUGAUCAGCCGCGUUCACAACGGAAUAACAACGUCGAGCUUUUCCCCGAGUCGUCGGAGCCAAGGGGUGUUAGCAUCCGUGGAGCGGCUUCUGCUCAGGAUCAGGGCAUGGCGAUCCGAGGCACCGCAAAUGGUCUGUCAAUCAAAGGACGAGGUGCGUCUGUUCGGGAGCUUUUCCCAUCUAAAUAUCAUAACAACGUCGGAAAGGAGCUGUUCUCUGAUAAGAUCGAGGGGCGAGGAGGACCACGACGGAAAGCGGAGGACAUGUUCAGUUGA